AUGGAGGCUAAUUAUCAAGAACCACCACCAACUUCAUCAUCUCAAUUACAUCCAACCUUAGAUCUCUCCCUCACCUUGGCACCAUCCUCUCCACCACCAUCUCCCAAUGCUGUUGUUGAGCAGUCCAUGAGGAUUUUCCCAUGCCUUUUCUGUGACAAAAAGUUCCUUAAGUCUCAGGCUCUGGGUGGCCACCAGAAUGCACACAAAAAGGAGAGGAGCAAUGGGUUGAGCUCCUCACUCUUGCACUCUUCUCCAUUCUCCAUUAACUCUCAUUCUGGCAGUUACCACUCUGCUGUCCAUCCAGAGAGCUUGGGGUCCUAUGGAGUAGCCCCUAGAUUGACCCCAAGACAUCCCUACUUAGCUACCACCAGGGAAUGGUGCCAUGAAGGUGUUUCAUCUGAGACCAUAGAUCUUGUCAACUGGCAGUUGAGUUCUCACCAUGAACCUUUGUCUGUGGAUGUUGCUGUUGUUGAUUCCAUUACUGCAACAGCUUCUUCAGUAGUGUCUUCUUCUUCUUGUCCUUCAUCAACUGGUGAUGCAGACUUGGCCAACAUUGAUCUCACUUUGAGGCUCUAG